AUGCCCGUAGGAAAAAAUCGGAAUAACCCAUACUCAAAACGAGACCAUUGCAACAAAACAGUGGAGAUCUAUGAAGACGUAUCGUCCCCACCCGUCACUGCUGAGAACUUCGGCAGACCUCUCACUUGCACGUAUAGGUUUAGAGCAUUCAGAGGUUCGCCGAAAGACUGGAUUCUAAGGAUUCGAUUCAAAAAGUUCAAAGUCGGUACAUUGAUAAAUGGGACCACCUGUCACAAAGGUUAUAUGCAAAUUGUAGAUGGAAAUGCGAAGACAGACGUCUCCAAUAGAAAAGAACCCGGACUGUUCUGUGGGGAGAUUGAACAACCUCAAACUUUCAUCUCAGAGACGAACUUCGUUAAAAUCGUGUUCCACGCCGACAACUUUACUGAUCAAACUUACUUCAGCUUCGAUUCCAGGGCUGAACAGCAGUUCGAAGUGUAUCUACGCUAUGGGCAGCACCCAGAGUUGUAUCCAAACAGAAGAGGAGAAGUAGUAGCUGGAUCUUAUUGCGAGCGAGUGUUUCGAGACUGCAGACUUCAGACGUGCUACGUACAAUCUGCAGCAUAUCCUGGCGUCUAUCCGAGAAACUUACAUUGCCGCUACCACCUCAACACCCGGCUGCCAUACAUAAAGUUGUAUAUUGAAAACGAAGAGUUUAACAUUGAUGGACAACGGUGUGAAAACAUUAUGACAUGUCCAAUGAGACCCAUCACAUCUGGUUCCGAAAAUUGCCCAUACGACUACAUAAAGAUUUACGAUGGAAAAGAUGAAUCAGCUUCCGUGAUUGGCACUUUCUGUGGUAUGGGCAAAUUCCCAUAUUCUAUCAUCGGUACUUCUCAAGAUCUAUUCGUGGAGUUCGUCAGCUCACCAGCAGGACCCCUUCUGAACACCGGGUUCCACUUUAAUGUUGGCAAUUGGCCAGGUCACGUGGAAGCGCCAGGGUCUAAAGUUGGGACAUGCGAUUGGGUGUUGACAGCAGAAUCUCUCAAAGCUUCAGGAGAUACUGAAGGCAUAUUCCUAUCGGUGGCUCACUGGUAUCCGCCUCAUACAUCAUGCACAUAUUUAAUGAAAGGAUUCCCAGGACAGGUGGUCAGGCUUUAUUUUCCGAGUUUUCGCAUCAACCGUAUAGAAUCACCAAUAGUGCCAUGGACUGGUGAUUGUGGUGAAUCUCUGACGUUAUAUGAUGCGCCAAGGCCAGACGACGCAAGAAUCAUCAAAACCUUCUGCGACACUUUCAGUAGACCAAUGGAGAAACAUGAUUUUGUUUCCACUGGCAACGCUAUGUUUGUGCGUUUCGAAAGUAAGACUGGCAGCUAUAGCGGAUCAUCGCUUUAUUACUGGGCUCAUUACGACUUCUUCAAUAACACUCGUUUCGGAGAACCGGUACCGGGUACUGCGUGCGAUGAAGUCAUUGCGUCUUGGAAGCAACGAGCUGGUCGUCUGCGGUCUCCCCUGAACACUUUGGUCUACAAGCAAGCUCCACCCGGUGAAGAUGUCCACUGUCUAUACAGAUUUGUGACCGACAAAAGAAUUUACGCAAGAGUUAUUUUGACGAUAUUGAGUGUGAAUUUCAAGGAACAUCCAUACACUCCAGUAUCCUGCCAAAAUUGCUACGAAGACCGUGCCGAUAAGCUUAUUAUUUGGGAGCCAUUUUCAGGAGGGAAAUCUCCCAAUGUUUCUAUAGGAGUCACAUCAACGCCUCUGCCACUUCACCUGGCUGUUCAAAGAUCAUUAGGCUCAUGCCUUUGCGCAAAACAUGCUAACACAGUAUCUAGAGCAAGACCUUACAGAGUAGUUUCUUCGGGAGAAUCUCUUAAUCUUCAACUUAUCGUAGACAACGCUCAUGCGGCGGCAUCGUACUUUAAGAACCCAUCACCACUCUUUGAAGCCAGAUACGAGUUUGUUCACGGGCCUCUUUGUGGUCCUCCUGUUCUGGUAGCUGCUUCUGAUGGAGAAAUAGUUUAUCCACAUUUAGAAGCUUUGGGAUAUACGGAACCACCUAAAAAAAUCCAAUGUAUUUGGGACUUGGAAAUAGAAGAGAAGAGAGACAUCUGGUUACGAUUUGAUAGUAUAAAGUUUUCUUCGAGACACUGCGAAGAUGGUAACAUUCAAAUAUAUUUACCGGGUAGGAUCGAACCAUUCCUUUCAAUAUGUGGAAACAACGUAACUGAAACGGAGAAAUUGCCAAUUCUAUCAGCUGGAGAACUUGGUUUUGAAUCUCUAGACGAUCCGCUUGUGAUAGAAAAGGAUAAAACUAGAUCCAUCAGAAUUGUAUUUAUUGGUAGCGCAUCUCCGGCUCGUGCAGCAUUUAAAAUUGCUUGGACAGGACUUUAUCAUCUUCCUAAAAACUCGGACGGCACACUGAUGACAUCUAAACUAACCGAUAGUGGGUCUAAGCAUUCUGAUUCAGGGCAAGGUUGUGAUUUCAUAUGCCCUGGAGAAGACGCAUUAUGUAUUCCAGCCAGAUUAAUAUGCAAUGGAGUAGUCAAUUGUCCUAAUGUGACAGCGGCGGAGAGGAAAUUCUGGACAGCCGAAGAGAAAAGAGCAAGAGAAGCAUACUCUGAAGAUAGUUUGAGAAGAUUGGGCUAUUUGGAUGCUUUAGGCGGUAUACCAUUUGGUCAAUUGCACGAUGAAUCUUCAGAAUUAUGUGCCGGAGCCAGAAAUUCUGUUGGUGGAGAUUGGACUGCACCAGCUUUAGGAGCUGGAUUGGCCAUAGUUUUGGGAGUGUGCGCGUUACUUGCUGUCUGGCGGUUAUGCUGCCGCAAGAGGUCACCAGAUGAAGAAUCUCUGGAUUACUGA